ACAAGAGGAGGAGGAGAGCAUCCUUCCAUCAGUCAUACUUUGGGCUGUUCUUGGAGUACUGUGGUGUCGUCUACUGUAAAGCCAGGAGGACACGAAGGCGAUGCACACUUACUUCCUUUUGACGCCUGACAGAUGGCAGAAUGAUCUUUGACUCCAACUCUCCACACUCAGGCUGAAACAAUGACGGCGUGGAACUCGGACUGAACCUCACCCAACCCCAGUCCUGGAUCAAGCGGCAUCAACACUAAACGACCUCCCGGCCUUUAAACAUCAGCAUAUUUGUAAAAAGGUGCCUUCCUCGUUGGUGUGAGCGCAAGAAGCCGAGGUGACUCCAUUGGCUGCAAGGACAGGCGGUGCAUGUAACUUGGCCUGCAGGUCCCCAGAGAGGACCAGGCAAAGGAGUUGGGUUACACACUGACAAGCCUUAUACAUGUUUCAUCUGAUGCUCACUACAGAAGCCCCCUUUAUAUUAUCCAGCCUUUUGAGAGAGUUGCGUACCAUAAGACUGCUCUUCCACUGAACUGAUGCAUACCAAUUAUCAGACUGGUCAAAUCCAGGAUUACUGCUAUCAGGACUCUUGAAAGCUUUGUUAGAGCCAGCAACAAGAAGAGGGUCCAAGCUUCAGCAGUCUCGAGGGAGAAUCUACCUGUCCCUGGAUCGCCUCAAGAGGAGGCCAUGACCGACACCCUUAGGCCUCCAUCGCUCCAAGUGAGCGUUCCGAGCGAUUCUCCGGCGUACUCCGACGGCGGAAGCCACCCCGUGUCGGAUUGCUCCAUGAGAUCCAGCUCCUCCACCCCGACGCUGCGCCGCAAGCGCUUCAAGAUGCGCCGCAUGAGGAAUGUGCCCAGCGAGAGGGAACUGGAGAGGGCUCAAAGUCACCUCAAGGCUCGGUAUCGCUCUGGCUCAAAGGAAUACCUGCAGCUGCCUUCCAUCGAGAUCACGCCAUCCAGUGACGAGGAUGCUCUCUCGUCGUGGUCCAGCUGCUCCACGCCCAGUGCCUCGCCGCGACGCAAGCGCUUCCUGUUGAGGAAAUGGCUGAAAGUCAGAGAGAAGAAGGAGCAAGGCAGUGAGAGCAGCAGCCAGCAGAGCAGCCAGCAGAGCAGCCAGCAGAGCAGCCAGCAGAGCAGCCAUGAAGAUGACACCACGCGCUUCUUGACUCCGUUAAUCCGAGAGGAGAGCACUGCCAGUAACUCGAACAAGAGCACGCCCGCUUGCUCGCCCGUCCUGCGCAAACGCUCGCGCUCUCCGACACCACAGAGCCAGGAGGGCGACAACAUGGUGGAGAAGGGCUCGGACCACUCCUCGGACAAGUCCCCCUCCACGCCCGAGCAGGUUGUGCAGAGGACCUACUCCCUGCAGUCGGCGCGCAGCGGGGGCAAGAACUCCAAGUCUCACAAGCGACUUUCCAAAUAUGACAGACUAAACCUGAUAAAAAAGAGCCAAAGCUGGUACAACGUGCUGAGCCCCACUUACAAGCAGCGCAAUGAGGACUUCAGAAAACUCUUCAAGCAUCUACCUGACACAGAGAGACUCAUUGUGGACUACUCCUGUGCUCUGCAACGGGACAUCCUCCUGCAGGGACGACUCUACCUCUCCGAGAACUGGAUCUGUUUCUAUAGCAACAUCUUCCGCUGGGAAACGCUGCUGACGGUGCGAUUAAAGGACAUCUGCUCGAUGACGAAAGAGAAGACUGCCCGCCUCAUUCCCAACGCCAUCCAGGUCUGCACUGACAAUGAGAAGCACUUUUUCACCUCCUUUGGAGCCAGGGACAGGACGUACAUGAUGAUGUUCAGACUUUGGCAGAAUGCACUGCUCGACAAGCCGCUAUGCCCCAAAGAGUUGUGGCACUUUGUCCAUCAGUGCUACGGCAACGAGCUCGGACUAACCAGCGAUGACGAGGACUACGUUCCCCCUGACGACGACUUCAACACCAUGGGGUUCAGUGAGGAGAUUCCCAAUGAGGAGAACGAGCUCAACAAUGACAACUUGUCCAAGAGCAGCGCAGAGGCCAAGCCGGAUGGAAGUCCUCCUCCUCUACCCAAGAAGGUGGUCCCUAACAGCACCAUCGACACGCCCAUCACAUUGGACCUACCCGCAGACGAUUUCGCAGACUGCCCGACGGACGGCGAGCUGCUAGCCGUGCCCCUGCUGGUGGACGAGAGGAACAACGACAUUGCCGGCACCGGCGGCCCUGUACCGUCGCCCUCACUCGACUUCAACGACAACGAGGACAUCCCCACCGAGCUGAGCGACUCUUCAGAGACGCACGAUGAGGGUGAAGUUCAGGCCUUCCACGAGGACCUGAACGGGCGGCAACACAUUAACGAGAUCUACAAGUUCAGCGUGGACAAGCUCUACGACAUCCUCUUCACCGAGUCACAGUUCAUGAGCGACUUCAUGGAUCAGAGGCGGUUCUCAGAUGUGGUGUAUCACCCGUGGAAGAAAGAGGAGGCCGGCAACCAGACCAGGGAGAUCAUGUACACCAUCUCUCUGUCUAACCCCUUGGCCCCCAAGACAGCUACCGUCACGGAGACACAGACUCUGUACAAGGCCAGUCAGGAGAGUGAGUGCUACAUCAUCGACGCCGAGGUGAUCACGCAUGACGUGCCCUACCACGACUACUUCUACACCCUCAACCGCUACAUGCUCACCCGGGUGGCCAAGAACAAGUGUCGUUUACGGGUAUCGACAGAGCUGCGCUUCAGGAAGCAGCCGUGGGGGCUGGUGAAGGGCUUCAUAGAGAAGAACUUCUGGAGUGGGCUGGAGGAGAACUUUCGCCAUCUUGAACUGGAGCUUUCCAAGCUGGAGGACAUGCUCACCGAGUCCCAUCAGCUCUCCCCGAAAGCUAACAAGGUGGUGAAGAACGCCACGGUGAGGCGGAAGAAGAGGCCCACACCCCACAUGCGUAGCCAGCAUAUGGACGAGGCGCUCAGUCCCGUCACCACGCCGACGGACGAGGAUGUCAUCCAGCGCAUCAAACAAGUGGCGGGCUCCACGCAGACCCGGCAUCAGAGUCCGCAGCACUGCCACCUGCCGGGAGGCUUUGCUUUGUACAGCAUCUCCAAAUUGCUGCUUAUCAUCAGCUUUGUUCUGGUCCUGCUGGUGGUCCUCAACAUGAUGCUCUUCUACAAGCUGUGGAUGCUGGAGUACUCUGCACAGUCCUUAACCACUUGGCAAGGUGUGCGGCUACAUGAAAGCAAACUUCCCCAAACACAAAUGGAAUGGGCCCAGCUCCUGGAGGCGCAGCAGCGUUACCAUGACGGCGAGCUGCAGAAGUGGCGGGAGAUAAUCAAGUCGUCUGUGGUGCUGCUCGACCAGAUGAAAGACUCUUUACUCAACCUCCAGCUAGGCAUCGGCUUGAGGGACUUCAGCUCGGAGAGCGACGACAAGACGAGUCACGACCACUGAUCCGCAACCACCACAAAAGGCCGAGAGGGCAUGCUGUGCAAUAUUGGACCACUUUUUUUUUUGUUUCUUUGUAUUACAAGUCUGUGUGCAGGGAGCAGAGACCAGGGAAGAGCUGGUCCAGGAACAGUCGUGAAAGGCUAGGAAGCGUCACUGAGGUGUUGUGGGGCACUGCCCCCACACACACACCCCCCAACACCCACCCUACUGUAAGCCAUGUAUGCUUAGGCAGGGAGAAGAAACUACUGCAUGCAUUUAGACCACUUACAGUAAGUCCCCUCAGUGUUCAUGUGGUUCCAGUCUGUGCGUGUACAACAACAAAAAACCCAGAAGAGGACAUUUGGAGGUUUCUACUCUCUCUUGACUGUUCCAAAUGGUCCCCCUAAAGGUCCUCGCUGCAGCGUCUUCUUGCAGUAUGCUAGUGGUCUUCUUGUCAGGGCUGGUUCCCCGACCACACAAUCUGCUUUCAUAGCAGAAUGUAGAAGUAGAAUGUAUAGAAUAACCACUUUCAAUAAGGGACGCUGCAGCCAGACUCGUAGGGGGACGUCUUCUUACGUGUUUUAUUACUAAACUGUGACUAUAUCGCUUUAGAAGUGUUUUCAAUUAGAAAGAUUAUAUUUGAAAUAUGAGUAUUUCAUGAUUUAAUAUAUAUAUAUUUCAAAAUAUAUGAGCAUUACCUAUAUUUAUUGUUCAUUUAUGUACAUAAGAAAUGACCAGAGCUCUCGAGCUGUUGAAGAAUUUCUAAGAAAAAAAGUUUUCUUCUUUCAAAAAUAAAUAAAUGCAUGCCAGAUAUGUCUGUGACAUGUCCAGUGUGCAAGUACGAGUCUGCUUUUGUGCGAUUAUGUUCGCACAUGUGUGUGUACGAAUGUGUGUGUGAGUGAGUGCACGUGUGUGUGCUGUAAAGUGUGACAUUUUUAUCAUUCCACACCUUUUUUUUUUUUAGUGUUCCGUUUCUGGUUCCUGCAGCCAGACUGCCUUUUUUUUAUACGUAUGCAUUAAGGUGCAGCUUUGCUUUUAGCCCCAUUCAGACUAACUUUUACAAUCCCAAAGUUUUUAAUCAAAUGUUUUGGGGGGGAAAAACUGCAUAAAUUGCCGCAAUCAGUGGUCAUUUUUGUAAAUCACACAGGAAGCAAAUGAAGAUGAAAAAGGUUUUAAGUCACCUGCAGGGGAGAACCAAUAGAGCUUUGCUGCCUCACGCAGCAGAGAAAGGACAGGGAGAGUCGGUACGGAUGCAAUCAGGAAAAAAAGUGUUUUAAUUGUUUUAAAUGGUAUUUUUGAACACACACAGUCCUAAUGUUAUAAGAAAAGUAACUUGUAAUUUAACACAAAUAAAGUGGUCAUUGUAGGCUGACGAAAUUGACUGUUGCAAGUAAAAAAUGUGUAAUGUUUAAAAGUAGUAAUUUUAAGUGAAAACUUGGCAGUAAUAACACAAAAAAGACACACUCAUUAAUUUACUUUCCAUGUGACCAAAAAGGUUACAUUAACAUGUAACAUGCCGAAUGUACUUUUAAAAAAAAAUUAAAAAGUGGUAAUUUUAUAUGGAAGAUGGUAAGAACACACAAAGACAAUCAGCAAGUUUCUCCAAAUGUGACCGAAACAUGUUUACAUUGUAGGAGAAUAAAGUUGUAAACUUGCAAGACAAAAUGUGUAAUUUUACAAAACUAAAGUGGUAAUUUUGUGUGGAAAAAUGCAACAAAACAAAAAAAAGACACAUUGGACAAAUUGUUCCAAAAUUGAGCAAAAAUAAAUACAUUUUACCAGAAUAAAGUUGUAAUAUUACAAUAAAAAACUUUAUUUUAUGAAAAUUAAGUGGUCAUUUUAUGUGAAUUUGAUGUUGGGGAAAAAUGAAAGACAAACUAAGCAAGUUGCUCCAAAUGUAACCAAAACAUUUUCGGAAAAAAGGUGGUAAUUUUAUCAUAAAGAAAUUGACAAUAAGAACACUGACAGACACACUCAACAGGUUAUUAGUGGAUUACAAGAUUACAAUUGUAAAAUUAUAAGAAAUAACUCGUAGUUUAAAAAAAAAAAAAGGUAAUUGUAUGUGAAAAAUUGACAGGAAAAACACAGAAAGACCUAUUCAGCAAAUUGUUCCAGAUGAUACCAAAUAAUAAAUUUUACAAAAAUAAAGUCAUAAAGAUAUAUUGUCUGUACAAACAGACUAAAUAUGACCAAACAUUUUAACAUUUCAAUACAUUGGUUGUUAAAUUACCGUAUACUUUUUUCCUUGUAAUUGUAUUAAUUUAAUACGAUUAUUUAGAAAAUAAAAUGGCAAUUUUGUGUUGAAAAACUAAGAGUUAGAACACAGAAAGACACACUCAGCAAAUGACUACAAAUGAGACCAAAAAUAAAUACAUUUUACCAGAAUGAAAUAUUAAGAAUAGAAGACAUCACAUAAUUUUAAAUGAAGGCAAUUGCAAAAUAAAAAAUAUUCUUACAAAUAAAUUAAGACAAUACAUUUAAUGAGGUCAAUGUCAUAUUAAAAACAACACAUUUUCCCAAUUUUAAAAAGCUGGUAUUAGCGGAAAAAUAUCUAAUAUGGGGGGAAAUAAAUUGUGACUUUCUCAUGAAAACUAAAAAAAUCUCUCUGCUUCGCUUUUUCACCAAGUAUUAACUAUAAAUAUGUAUGGAAAAGCAAAAGUAUUAGUUUUUUCACGACAGCGCCAUCUGCCUGAGCUAGUGGGGCACUGCCUCACUUGCCCAUAAUGCAAAAAAAACACACACAAAAUGCCACUGGUUGCAAACCAAGUUUUCCCAAGAUGUCACACUUUAGAACUGGAAUGAUUCUUUUGUGUGGGAUGCAAGGAAAAAGCAUGAGAAUGAACCAAAAGACAUCCCUGUAGAAAUGUAACAAUGAUGUACUGUAUGUACUGUACAAUGAAGUAUUACUAUUAUAGUACGUGUACUGGAUUGGCUUUCAACAGCAUGUAUAAAAGAAGCUAGAAAAGCUGAUAACAAUAACUGAAAGCACUUCCAAAUGUCCUUGUGUUCCAACAAUUCAAGAGAGAGAGAGAGAAAGAAGCACUUUAUUAUUAAUAAUAAUAAUUUUAUUAUCAAGGUGAUGCAGGAACGUUUUUAAGAAACAACUUCAUUAUCUAAAAAAAAAAACCUUGCUCUUGAUGAAAAGGACUUCCCCAAAAAGAGAAUAUUGUUCUAUUCUGUGUGUUCUACGUGCUUGUGAUGUUUAGGAGGGAAAAAGGAAUCUUAAAUGUGGAAAAGUAUGAACUGCUGCUGCUGACUUGAAAAACAAAAUCACUGACAUUAUUUUCUAAGAAUAUAAUAUACAGUAUAUAUAAAUAUAUAAAACCACUAUGACAUACUUGAUGACACUGAAGGGUGAAGGAGAUUUUAUGCUGUUGAUGUGAUGGUACAGAAUGUCAGCAAAAAAUGUGAAAUGCUUUAAUAAUGUGUUGUUUUUUAGAUGUUUUUGUUUGAGGAAAAACUCAACUCACGGAGAUGGGUAUUGAUUCUAAUUCAUUCUUCUUUUUUUUUCUUUUUUUUUUUUUUACAAAGAAUCUCGUUUAAAAUCUUCCCCACAUACAUACUGAAAUGUAUUAUAGAUUGUAUUACUGUCAUUGCACAGCACUCAAAAUAUUUUAACUUGUUUGUGAUGGGGGGACAAGGAGGUAAAAAUCCUUAAUACCACAAGAAAAAUAUUAAUUUUUUUUUUUUUUUUAAUUUUUAUUCUUGACUUUUUAAUAUUGUUUAUUACCUACAAAUUUUACCUGACAAUGUUUUUUUUUGUUUUAUUUCACCGGAAAUGUUUUCUUUAUUUAUGAAUAAAAUUGUGAUAAUAAUAGGAAAAUCUCAAUUUCAAUAUAAUUAUUUGUAGUAUUACAACAAUGAAAUUGACAUCGCUAAUAGUAUGUGUGUGUGUGUGUGUGU